GGCUAUCUUCAACUGUACUUUGUCGAACUUGGAACGUGAGAAGCUUUCUUAAGUUAUAUUUCGUAUUUCCCCUAUUGAUUGAGAAUUGAACCGUAGGUCUAAGAAGUUAAUCCAAGAUGUCUGAGGAGGAUGGAGGACCUGCCUUGAAGAAACCAAGGGUCCACUAUGGUUCCCUGGAGGAGCAUCUCAAGAAACCUGAUGCCUCUGAUGCUAUCAACAUAGGUCUUGAGGCUGGCAAUAUUAACCUCUCCAGUGGUGAAACAUUUGAUAUGGAAGAACACAUCAGUGAAAGAAGAAAAGAAUUAUUGGCAGAAUUUGAAAGAAGGAGAAAGGCAAGACAAAUCACAGUUUCAACAGAUGAUUCUGAAGUAAAGGCACAGCUGAGGAAAUAUGGAGAACCUAUUUGUAUAUUUGGGGAAGGCCCGGCCGAGAGACGAGAGAGGCUUCGACAUCUCCUUGCUGCUCUAGGGGAGAUGGCCGACCAAGACAAACAGGCCAAGAAAGCCAGCAAAGAGAAGGCCAAAGCUGAUCAAGCGGAAAAGCAAACUACGUGGUAUCACGAGGGUCCUGCGAGUUUGAAAAAUGCCAGAUUGUGGAUUGCUGAGUAUUCUUUACCAAGAGCUGAUAGGAGGUUACAGGAAGCAGCAGAAACCAUGAGGAUUCCGGAAUCCCAGUCAAAUGCAAGGAGACAAGAAUUACACAGAAAAGCAAGAAGUCUAACAGCAAUAGGUAGUCAGAUUGGAGACCAAAGGCCUAUUUCUUAUUGUCGGUUCAGCCCUGAUUCAAGAUUGCUCGCCACAGCUUCAUGGAGUGGUCUGAUCAAGCUGUGGACAUCACCGGACUUCAAUCUGUUCAAGACACUGAGAGGCCACAAUGCCCAUGUGGGCUGUGUGGUGUUCCACCCUCAAGCUACCAUCUCGCUCUCCCCCAAUGCCUGCUGCAUGGCUUCUUGCUCGGCAGACGGCGCGGUCAAGCUCUGGAACUUUGAAAGUGAGGAACCUAUUGCAAACAUAGAAGGUCAUGAAGCAAGGGUGAGCAGAAUAGAGUACCACCCUUCAGGAAGAUUCCUUGGUACAGCUUGCUUUGACUCCUCCUGGAGACUGUGGGAUCUUGAGGUACAGGAGGAGAUCCUCCACCAGGAGGGCCACAGUAAAGCAGUCUACUCCAUCGACUUUCAGAAGGAUGGUGCUGUAUGUGCAACGGGUGGAAUGGAUGCCUUUGGUAGGUUAUGGGACCUGAGGACAGGACGAUGUAUCAUGUUCUUGGAGGGUCAUCUCAAGUCAGUACUAGCGGUCAACUUCUCACCAAACUGCUAUCAGCUUGCUACUGGUAGUGAGGAUAACACAGCUAAGAUAUGGGACAUGAGACAGAGGAAAGUACUCUACACCAUUCCAGCUCAUCAAAAUAUCAUAACAGGACUCAAAUUCCAAGGAACUUCUGGGGAUUAUCUUAUCACCUGUUCAUAUGAUGGCACAGCAAAGGUUUGGGCCCAUCCAGGAUGGUCGCCUCUCAACACUCUGGCAGGGCAUGAUGGGAAGGUCAUGUGCGUUGACCUGUCACCUAAUGAGAAAUACAUUGCUACAUCGUCAUUUGACAGGACAUUCAAGUUAUGGGCUCCUGAGUGAGAUAAAGUGGGAUUUUUCUUUUGUUUCUCUUUCACACUGGACACUGGAGACUGGAGACACAUUUUUUACAAAAACAAGCUCAAAAGGUGAAAAAUUUUCCCUUUCUUCAAAUCAUGGAUAUUUGAUGUGGUCCUUUUUUGUGACGGAAAGGUUUUGAGACACUUGUCAAAUACAAUUACUCCUUCGCACUGGAGAUUUACAUAAAUAUUAAUCACUCACUACAUUUCAGACAAAGACCAGGAGCCUGUUUCAUGAAGGACUGUUGUAACUUUGCCAUUAUUGCCAACUACAUGUACCAUGGUAACAGGGCACAGUCCUUUAUGAAAUGGACCCCAGGGCUAAAUUAUGAAAUUGUCUCUUUUUUAUGUUUAAUUGCCUUAGCAACUACAAGUAUAUUUAUGAUAAUUUGAUGGCUGUUGUAUUUCAAUGGUUAAUGCAACUUUUCUUGGUCAACAAAAAGUAUUUAUUGCUGGAUUCCGGAAGAACAUCCUGUUUUACAAGAGGAGACAUUCCAAAGAUAUUACAAAGACAGAUUUGCAGACUUUUUUAUACCAAUUUAAUGAUCACAUCAAAGUUGCCCCAAGAAGAAUCUCCAUGUUACAUCAGCAUAGAAGCGUAAAAAAUUGUAAGCGUCAAGGGGGCAAAAUAAAUUAAGCCUAUGUCAAUAAUUUGCUACAUGUUUUUUUACAGGAGAGGCACCUCUCUAUUGGUAGAUCGGUUCAUAUAGAAUUAGUGUUUGGUUGACAAAAUGUGAUCUUGCCAAGAUCACAUAAAAGUUACAAGACAAGACAAUCUGCAGAAUACCAACCCAAAAGUAUGUUUAAAUGAUGACAUCAAUGUCAAAGCUAAAAUAUGCAUGUUUCAGAUGUCUGCUGUGGCCAAAAGUCUGGCAGUAAGACUUGAAAAAACUUAGUUAAAAUUCAUGUUGACUCAAAAAUAAUUCCAAAAAACAUGUUGAAUUCCAUCCAUGUGUAGAUCCAUGCUUAUUAUAUUCUAUCAAGAGUACAAUGUCUUGUAUUCUUAUCUUCAUUUGUUUUUAUACAAACUCAUCUCUCUCAAACCAAGUCAAGACAGAGGAAGAAACAAUACUCCUAAGCAUUCAGUAAAAUGUAAAUUUUAUUCUCUUUUGUACAAAGAUGUGAUUUUUUUACAUAAUAAAAGAAAGAACUAGUGCUUUGUAAAGUACUGGUGAGAUUCAAAACCUAGUCUCCUCUGUGUAUUUGUAAUUUACCAUUGUGAGAAAUUACUCCAAGCAUUAAACAGUGCCAUUGGUGUCAGUGAGGUAUUAUCAAAAUGGAUGGAAUGAAGUAAUAAGGUGGAUGAAAUUUACAACUGCAAUUAACACAAAGCACAAGGAAACCUGCAUAUAGAGUCUGCAAUAUGGAGACAAGAAAAGUGGACUUCAUGAACAAGUCAAGGGGCUUUCGCUCGUGCGAUUCUUUGUGAUCAUUUGAUCACAAUAUAUGUUGCACAGAAUCGCAACAGUUGUAGGCAGUCACACCACCAAUUGUGAAAGGGGCUUAACUCAUGUUUCUAUAGGGAAAACUAGUUAA